CGAUAAAUCGAAUGAGAAACUGCUGAAUCGGAUGAUUCUAUGACGUCGUAAAACAAAUUCAGAAAAAUACCAGCAUCAUUGUUAAGUCUUGAACUUAAACUUGGAUGAAGAAAGAUACCACCAAUCUUCUAAACAUUCAACCACGGAUUAGUUUGCUAUACCCCUCUCUCGUAGUCUUCCACUGCAUUUAAUGAGCCACGUCAUUUGCAUGUUUUUUCCUGGUGUAAUAGGUAAUUAAAUUAAUAAAUUCCGCCGUCCAAAGUCAACCCUCCUCUCCGCGUCGCCGACGGUUGCUUGCUUGCCGCCGAGGAGGGAAAAAAGGCGCCGUUUUUAUCCCCUAUGCGCCGGUCGGUCGGUCCCAUGGCGCUCCUCCUCCUCCUCCUCCCGAUCGCGCUGCUCGCCGGCGGGCUGAGGGAGGCGGCGGCGCGCACGGUGCCGGUGGAGUUCCUCUACCCGCCCUACAACCUCACCUACAUGCACUACAUCGACACCAACGGCGUCUUCCUCCGCUCCCCCAACGCCACCUUCUCCGCCGCCGUCUUCAACUCCGGCUCCUCCGACUCCUCGGGCGCCGACGAGUCGCAGCUCACCAUGUCCCGCUACUUCUUCUCCGUCCUCCACGACCGCUCCCGCACCCCCGUCUGGGCCGCCGCCGCCGGCGCCACCAUCGUCCAGUCCAUCAUCCUCUCCCUCAACGCCUCCGGCCUCUACAUCUCCGACCCCGCCGGCCUGUCCGGCCCCUCCUGGUCCACCCCCCGCCUCGCCGCCCCCGUCGCCGCGCUCCGCCUCCUCGACACCGGCCAGCUCGCGCUCAUCGACGCCGACAACGCCACGCUCUGGUCCACCUUCGACGCGCCCACCGACACGCUGCUCCAGGGCCAGCUCCUCCCCGUCGCCGUCCCGCUCACCGCCACCGCCUCCGACCAGGACCUCUCCCCCGGCGCCUACCGCCUCCUCCUCACCCCCGCCGACGCGCUCCUCCAGUGGGCCUCUUCCGACGGCGGCGGCGACUUCGUCACGUACUGGGCGCUCUCCUCCGACCCGGCAUCCGUCCAGGACUCCAACCGCGCCGUGCGAUCCAUGAUGGUCAACGCGUCCGGCGUCUUCCUCCUCGCCGACGGCGGGGGCACCGUCUUCAGCCUCCGCUUCGCGUCGUUGACCCCCGCGCCGGCAACAAAGAUGCUCCUCAAGGUCGACUCCUCCGGCCGCCUGCGCGCGCUCAGCACGGCCUACUCCCCCACGGCGGCGCGCGCCACGCUGCCCGCCGUCUGGGCCGCUCCGGCCAGCGACUGCGACCUGCCGCUCCCGUGCGGCGCCCUCGGCCUCUGCACGCCCGGCAACAACGGCUCCUCCUGCAUGUGCCCCGACGCCUUCACCACGCACACCACCGGCGGCUGCUCGCCGGCCGACGGCUCCGCGCUCCCCGCCUUACCUGACACCUGCCUCGCCGCCAACUCCAAGCCUUCGUCGUCGGCGGCGGCUGCUCACAGCUACACGAGGCUGGGCGACGGGAUCGGCUACUUCGCCAGCAAGUUCGCGCUGCCGACGACGGCCGGCGAAGCGCUCCCGGCGUGCCGCGACCUCUGCUCGGCCAACUGCUCCUGCGUCGGCUUCGUCUACAAGAACUCCUCCAAGUCCUGCCUCCUCGUGCACAACCAGAUCGGCUCCGUCUUCCGCGGCGCCGGCAACAGCGCAUCGGCCACCGUCGCCUUCGUCAAGACGGUCCCGCCGGCUCCGUCUCGCGGUGGCCAAGGCGGCGACGGCGGAUCCGGCUCGUCGUCGUCCCUGAGCACCAUCACCAUCAUAUUCGGCAUCGUGCUGCCGGCCGUGGCGGCGGUGUUCAUCACCUUCCUGCUGUACGUGCUGGGCGUGCACUGGCUCAAGAACCGCCACGGCGGCGCCGGCAAGGCGAAGAGGAAGCAGCACGGCCACGGCGGCAGCAGCUGGUUCAUGCUGCACAUGAUGCCGUCCUUGUCGUCGUCGCGGGCGUCGUCCAACGCCCCGUCGGAGAAGGGGGGCGGCGACAGCGAGGACGAGGGCGACGACGAGGUGCUAAUCCCCGGCCUGCCGACCCGGUUCACGUUCGCCGACCUGGAGGCGGCCACCAACGGCUUCAAGUGGCAGAUCGGGUCCGGCGGGUUCGGCUCCGUGUACCGCGGCGAGCUCCCCGACCGUACCACCGUGGCCGUGAAGCGGAUGAACAACCUGGGCAUGCAAGGCCGGCGCGAGUUCCUCACGGAGAUCGCCGUCAUCGGCAACGUCCACCACGUGAACCUGGUCAAGCUCCGCGGGUUCUGCGCCGAGGGCGCCCGGCAGCAGCUGCUGGUGUACGAGCACAUGAGCCGCGGCUCGCUCGACCAGUCCCUCUUUCCCCGCGCCGGCGCCGGCGCCGCUUCUAAGGCGGUGCUGGAGUGGGGGGAGCGGCUGGGCGUGUGCGUGGGCGCGGCGCGCGGGCUGGCGUACCUGCACGCCGGCUGCGACCGCAAGAUCCUGCACUGCGACGUGAAGCCGGAGAACAUCCUGCUGGACGAGCGCGGCGGCGUGAAGAUCGCCGACUUCGGGCUGGCGAAGCUGAUGAGCCCGGAGCAGUCGGGGCUCUUCACCACCAUGCGCGGCACCCGCGGGUACCUGGCGCCGGAGUGGCUCAUGAACGCGCCCAUCACCGACAAGGCCGACGUCUACAGCUUCGGCAUGGUGCUGCUGGAGCUCCUCCGCGGCCGCAAGAACUCCAAGCAGGACGACGACGACCACCACGACGCCGCCACCACCGGCACAAACAGCAGCACCACCACCAGCGGCACCACCGGCGAGGCGACGGAGGCGAGGAGGAGCAGCUACUUCCCGGCGCUGGCGCUGGAGCUGCACGAGGAAGGGCGGUACAUGGAGCUGGUGGACCGGAGGCUGGAGGGGGGCGCCGACGCGGCGGAGGUGGAGAGGGUGGUGCGCGUGGCGCUGUGCUGCCUCCAUGAGGAGGCGUCGUCGCGGCCGGCCAUGACGGCGGUGGCCGGCAUGCUCGACGGCAGCAUGGACGUGUGCGUGCCGAGGACGGAGCAGCUGGCGUACCUGAGGAUGUACGGCCGCGGCCUCGUCGACGUCCGGCCCGGCGGGUGGAAGGGCAAGUGGAAGGGCUCCGAGAUGACCGCCGGCAGCAGCAGCUGGUCGCCGCCGUCGUGCGUGUCGGCGCAGCAGCUCUCGGCCCCCAGAUGACAUGCCAUCGCCGUCCGUGUAAUUAUAAUGCAAUGUGAUGCAAAUUUUGCCGUGAAAAAAGUAUAUCAAAGAGGUGUACGUGCA